CCCCCUCCCGGUCGGCUGGAAUUGGCAGCGCUGCGCGGCUUCCGCUAUGCAGCCCGUAACGCCGGGAGCGGCGGCGGGAGCCUGGUUCCCUGCCCGGGUGGGGACCCUCCCGCAGGACCUGCUGGCAGAGCUGUGCGAGCAAGCCGUGCAGCAGUUGCAAUCCGGAAAGGUCUCUUUCGAUGCCCCCCAGAUGUGUCAGAGAUGCCGCACUGCCGGCGUGGAAAUAUCCCCAGCCGACCUGUCCCAGGUGCUCCGGAUUCUGUCCUGGCUUUUUGGCACAGCAGCGAAAAAUAAACUCACCUCCGAAGAAUUUUCCGCCGACGUAGGCAAAAGGUUUGGUUUUCUGCCACAACAAUCUGCCCAGGUCAUCCAACAGGUGUGGAAGGAGAAAAGAGAAUCUCUGGUGGUAUUGGAGGAUGUAAAACCUAUGGCAGCAGCCGGACAGCUGAUUGAUUUUCAGUGGAAGCUGGGAAUUGCCAUGAGUGCCGACAGCUGUAAAUCCUUGAAAUCGCCUUGUGUGACGGUGGCGUUAAAAGUUGCCGAUAGUUUGGGGAACAUCACACAAAAAAGCUUUGAAAUGACAAUCGCUCAGUUCCAGAAUUUCCACAGCCAAUUCAAGGAGAUGGCAAGCGUUCUUGAGACGUUUUGAAUUAUGCUCCAGCCUCCCCUUGCCUCCUAAAAGAUUGUUCUACAGAAGGAUUCUCCAGAAAGAGGUGUAGGUUUAUUCUUCUUUUGGGCUUUCCACCAUGAUGUUCUCCAGCUGAAGAGCUUCAAAACUCUCCUGCGCUGAGUGAAAUUCUCCAUACGAAUCCUCCUCCUGAAAGGGACAUCCUGUUUUCACCCCAGAAUUUAGGUGGAACCCAUCUCACCCAUUCAGAAGAAGAUCAGAGGAGUGGCUGAGUAGGAGAAAUAAACCCCAUCAUGUCCCAAGAACUACUCAAGAUGUGCCUUUUUAAAGGUCUUGGUUCUCCCCAUCUCUGCAACUACAACAAUAUUGGGAAAGCACUGGUAUUAUCACCCUCUAGAACUCUGCAUGGAUAAUCCUACCGAUCCAGAAGGCAACCUUUAAUUCCUUAAUAAAAGGAUGGGGAAUAUGUGAGGCUGUU